AUGGAGUUGAAUCGGUCGGAUCUGUUGCGGCUGUUGUCCAUUCUUGAGGGCGAACUACAGGCGCGAGAAGUGGUGAUAGCGGUGCUGAAGGCCGAGCAGAUCAAGAAACUCCUUUACCCGAACCGGUCGUCCAAACAGGCGUUCAGUUCGGACACUAUUAAGUGGACACCGAGUGGUGACCACAAGACACAGCACAGCGACCCCUGGAAUGCGCUCUCGAGGGACGCGUUCGGCGCUUACGACCCGUCGUUUGACAGGACGGCCACUCUUGCGCUGUUCAACAUGAAAAUGACACAAUUGGAUGCUCUCAUUGGUCAGCAACGGCGCUCCCGCGCCCUUCUUCAGGAGCAGCUCUCUGUUAUUGAAUGCAAACACAACGCAAUGGCCGCCGAAUUGGAGGCCGAACGACAUCUUCGUCUUCAGACAACUCCUCUCGACCGCCGACUCGAGAGUGACGUCAAGACUGUGUCUCAGAGUCUGGAGAACGAGAGGAGUCGCGAAAAACAGAUAGUUUUGUGUCUUUUAUCGGAAAGAAAACAAUUGAUAAUUAAGUUGAUUGAAGAAAGACAGCGAAACGAAGAACUCUUACAACUGUUGAGUUCAGAGAAGGCAAAGACCGCCGAAAUGGUCGAAGGAUUGGAAGACGAGAGCAAACGCUCGCUUCAAAUGGAGGCCGAACUCGAAAAGUAUUUGACGGACUUUGAAGGCGAGCGCCAGAAGUUUAGGACACAAUUGGCCGCUUCGGAGACGCGGAACGCGGAGUUGGCGGCAGAAGUGGACCGACUUCGGCAGCAAUUGAACGGCAAGAGUGCUCUGGGAGAGGGCGUGCGCUCAGCCAUCGUGACCAUGGCUUCGGCCACGCGUUGUGUUGCGACCGUUCCUUCGGUCUCAUCCGUGAGUCAGCCGAAAGCGAGUGUUGCCCAACACGUGGUCGACGCCCAACACUCUUACGCAACAAUCUCUUCCGUCAAAAUGAACGCAACAAUACCUCCGCCCCCCUCCGCACCCGCGCCGCCCCCCAAAGCACUGGUUAGUAAUAGCAAAGCGACGCCCACUGCGACAACGCCUCCCGUAAACGCCUUUCAGAACAUAACGUAUAACUUGGAGACCAAUAGCAAGACGACGGGCGCCGUGAGGAAGCUGUCGGCGGGCGGCGCCGGCAGAGGGACUCCGCCGCCGAUCCCACCGAACAAACCGCUCAUCAAACCGGUUCUUCCUCCACAGGUUCAGCGCAGCAAAGACUCCAAAGUGAUGGCCGGCGUCGCGAAGACGCCCACCAAUAACGUGAAGAACGCGACGAUUGGCGCCAAUGAGAGCACAGGUGAGCAAAAGGACGAGAAAAACGAUCUCUUGUGUCAGGAAUUAGAGAAUUUCAAUUCAUUGCUCGUUUCCAUGGUUUCCAAUCACAUCAAUAUUAUCUGA